AUGUCUACUGGAGUGCCAAUUAAAGUUCUGCGUGAAGCAGAGGGCCAUGUUUUGACCUAUGAAACCAAUACAGGUGAAGUGUAUCAAGGGAAGCUCUUUGAGGCAGAGGACAAUAUGAACUGCCAGAUGUCCAGCAUCACAGUGACCUACAGAGAUGGGUGCGUGGUACAGUUAGAGAAAAUGUACAUCCAAGGAAGCAAAAUUAGAUUUCUCAUCUUACCAGAUAUGUUGAAAAAUGCUCCGAUGUUGAAAAGCAUGAAGAACAAAAACCAAGGCACAGGGGCUGGAAGAGGCAAAGCAGCCAUCCUCAAAGCCCAGGUGGCUGCAAGAGGAAGAGCACAUGGAAUGGAGCAUGGCAACAUUUUCCAGAAGCAAAGAUAA